UUCCCCUCUGUUCUGGGGGAGGUCACCAGACCUAUCCUGAGACUUCGGGGUUCUUGUGGCCAGAAUUCAAUGUGCCCCUCCGGAGGCGGCUUUUCUUUCCAUCCCCUCCCUGUGGGCAGUGGACAGGUAGAGGGGGACGAGGGAUUCUAAAGAGAUCUUCGGAGUGAAAGAAGCCAAGAAGGUAGCAGGGGAAGAAAAUCAAAUAGAGACAGAUAGAAUGUGGAUCUCCAGGGAGAUGAGGGCAGCAGAGUAGGGAGAGGAGCAGGAAAAGGGAGGCGCUUAGAGCUGGAGGAGGGGAGAGGUGUCUGCCACAGCCGUGGCAGACAGCAACGUGAUGUCCUCUGAAUGUGACAGGUGUCCCAUGCUUUAGCCUUGAACCUCUUCUGGACGAUACCCACCGCCUUUCUUAUCGCCUCCUCCAUGGCUUUGACACCAAGCCUGUGUCUCCAUUCACUCUGCAGAGCUCUCUCAGGAACCCUAGCAUCCUGUGUCCAGGUGUCCUCUCCUCUUUGCUGGGACAUGGCAACGGGUAUCUCUGCCUUCAUAGUCCCCGUGUGACUUCCUGAGCUCUGCACGUCACUUCCUCUAUAGUCUUCGGUAUGUCAGGAUUAACUUGUAAAGACUCAAUGUUCCAUAAGGAAGAAGCCAAGAAGAGGAAAGAAAAGGAGUUGAGAAUGGCCGUUAUUCAGGGUCUGUUGACAUUCAGGGACGUGGCCAUAGAGUUCUCCUGGGAGGAGUGGAAACGCCUGAACCCUGCUCAGAGGACUUUAUACAGGGACGUGAUGUUGGAGAACUACAGGAACCUGGUCUCCCUGGGAAUUUCUCCUUUUGACCUGAGUGUUGUCUCCUUGUUGGAGCAAGGACAGCCCUGGAGUGUGGAUGGCCAGGUGAAAGUGUCCAGAAACCCAGUCCAGUGGAAAAGUGUCAGAGGUUUGAACACAGAUACCUCUCCUAAAUGUGUGGUCAAGGGAUUUACCCCCAAAGGGAGAAGUGAUACUGGAGAAAUGUUCCAGGCAGCAAUGUUGCAAAAACAUAAAAUUCACAAUAUUCAAGAAGUGUGCUUCAAAGAAAUCCAGACAAAUAUGCGUGACUUUGAGUGCCGUUGCAGAGAGGAUGGAAGACUUGACAGAGGCUUCUGUGUGAAUCACAAGGAAAAUCUCACUGACGGAAGAGAUGAACAUGGUCAAAGGAAUGCAGGAGAGAAACAUACUAAAAAUUGGCUUGGGUUAAGUUUUCAAUCACAUGUACCUGAACUGCAACUAUCUGAAAGAGAAAAGAACAUUUAUGAGUGUAAUUACCUUGAGCAGUCUGUCAACAGUGAUUCCUCAGUUUCAUCCAACCAAAGAAAUCCUUCUAGUAUGAAAAAAAACAUUUCUCAUGAAUAUAAAAAUGAUUUUCUUCAGUCUUUAUCUUUCACCCAAGAACUGGUAAUGCACAUUAGUACAAAACCUUACAAAUGGAAUGAGUGUGGGAAAUCCUUUACCCAAGAUUCCCAGUUUACUAUGCAUCAGAUAUUCCAUACUGGAGAGAAACCCUUUAUUUGUGAUAUAUGUAGUAAAGUUUUCAAUCAGAAAUCAAAUCUUAUAAGCCACCGGAAAAUGCAUACUGGAGAGAAGCCUUAUAAAUGUAAUGAAUGUGGAAAAGUCUUCAGUAAAAAAUCCUAUUUAGUAGAGCAUCAAAGAAUCCAUACUGGAGAGAAACCUUACAAAUGUAAUCAAUGUGGCAAUGUUUUCAGGUAUAGAUCAUCCUUAUCAAAGCAUCAAAGCAUCCAUACUGGAGAGAAACCUUUCAAAUGUAAUAAAUGUGGUAAAAUGUUCAGUUGUAAUUCAAACCUUGCAGAACAUCUGAUAAUUCAUACUGGAGAGAAACCUUUCAAAUGUUAUGACUGUGGGAAGGCGUUCAGUCACAAUUCCUGCCUUACCUGUCAUCUUAGGAUUCAUACUGGAGAGAAACCUUAUAAAUGUAAUGAAUGUGGAAAGGCCUUCAGACAAAAGUCAGAUCUUGCAUGUCAUCAAAGAAUUCACACUGGAGAGAAACCUUACAAAUGCAAUGAUUGCAGCAAGGUGUUCAGUGUUCAUUCAUCUCUAGCAAAGCAUCGGAGAAUUCAUACUGGAGAGAAACCUUACAAAUGUAAUGAGUGUGGCCACGUUUUCUGUUACAAGUCAUCCCUAGCAAUGCAUCAAAACAUUCACAGUAGAGAGAAACCUUACAAAUGUAAUGAAUGUGGUAAAGUGUUCAGUUGUAGUUCAUACCUUGUACUACAUCUGAUAACUCACACUGGAGAGAAACCUUUCAAAUGUAAUGAAUGUGGCAAGGUUUUCCGUCGCAAGUCCCACCUUGCAAGUCACUGUAGGAUUCAUACUAGAGAGAAACCUUACAAAUGUAAUGAAUUUGGCAAGGUCUUUAAUUAAAUUUCACAUCUUUUGAAUCAUCAUAGAAUUCCCACUGUCAAGAACCCACAGAAAUGUACUAAAUGGGGAAAACAUUCUAUCACAUUUCACACCUUCCCCAACAUAAACAGUUCAUACUGGACAGAGACGUUUCACAGUGUAAUGAAUGGGAAAAGUCUCCAGUUACAAAUUCUACAUUGUACAACAUUUGAUAAUUCUUACUGGAGAAAAACUUCAGAAUUGUAAUGAAUGUAGAGGUCUUCAGUUUAAACCCAUCUCUAGCAAAUCAUCAGAAAGUCCAUACUGGAGAGAAAUCUUAAAAUUUUAAUGACUUUGGUAAGGUAUUCAGUCAUACAUCGUCCCUAGUAAAGUAUGAAAAUCCAUACUGGGGGAAAAACUUACAAAUAUAAUGAAUGUAAUAAAGUGUUGAGUUGUAAUUUAUACCUUGCAGAACAUUGGAUAAUUGACACUGGACAGAAAACUUUCAAAUAUAAUGAAUAUGGCAAGGUGUUCUGUUGCACUUGCUACACUCCAUGUCAUCGUAGGAGUCAUACUGUGGAGAAAACUUAUAAAUGUAAUGAAUGUGGCAAAAUUUUCUGUCCAAACUCACUUGUAGCACAUAGGGAAUUCAUACUCCAGAGAAACGUUAAAAAUGUAAUUAAUGUGGCAAAGUGUUCAGUCUAAAAUCCCUAGCACAUCAUUGGAGAAUUCAUACUUGAGGGAAACCUUAGAAACAUAAUAAAUGUGUAUCUUUAUUAAGUCUAAUUCUAGUGACUUCACUAGAAAUUCAUCCUGGAGAGAGAGCUGAUGGCCGAAUGAGGCAGAAGUCUUCAAUCCGGGUAAAAUCCUUACAACAUUGGACAGUUUCUGCUGGAAAGAAAUUUCAUGUAUGAUCAGUGAGGCAUGCCUUGAGUUAUUAUUUAAGCCUCACUGACCAUAAGCUAAUCCAUACUGGAAAAGAAACCUUACAUAUUGGUUGUACAGUGCUUUAAGGUGAAAAUUAGACAUUGAUAUUCACCAAAACACUCAAAGUGGAAGGCACCUCUCAAAUGGAAUGAGUACUAAAUACGUGAAUAUGCACUCAAGCCUCAGUACACAUCGGAAAAUAGAUCUUGGAGAAAAAAAACCUAAGAAAAGUCAAUUUGGCAUAUCCUAUUUUGUGCUUGCACUUCAGUGAAUAUCAGAUAACCUGUACUGGAGAGAAACCACAGAUGUGCACAUUCACACCUUGCGUAGCACUAGAAUUUGAACAACUGAUAUAAAUAUGAAUGUGGCAAAACCUUUAUGAUGAAUUCAAGCAAUAGUCAAUAUCCCAGUUUGCACUAAAGAUAUUAAAAACUGCAUAUAAAACAGAUUCGUACCCCUCAGAAUUCACUAGGCAUCAAAUGAUAAAUCUUUGAGGGAGCCAUACAAAUGUAAUGAGCAUGCCUACUUGGUUAUUAUCAAAGCAUUAAAGCUAUGAAA